UGCAAAAGUGAGAAAAAGAAUGUUUUUAGCCCUCUUAUUUUUCUAUGUAGAAUGCCAGCGAUGAUUGGUUAACACUUCCAAACAGCUCAGAAGUAAAAGGUCAACUCCAAGUCCGGUUCCAACUCAUUCGAAUGUUGUCGAUGCUGCUGUCUGUUCUGAGCAUUCUGAUGAAAGUCUGACUGAUUUUGGAACCUGUUAAGCCUCUAUCUCAUCCACCAUUUUUCUAAUCAUACUGUGUAUGAGUUUGAAGAAGGGAGAGCCAAAAUUCAGUGAUUAUAUUAUAAAAAGCUCAGACCCAGUUGAAGUUUUUAUGGGUAAAGGAGGUGGGUGUUUCCCAAGCAAGCAAAGGGCACCCGUAGGUGUUCCUGAUCAAGAUCCUCCAAACCCAGAAAGGGGCAAUUCUAUCUCUCUCCAAAACCAAAUCUCAAGUACUAAUGCAACCACCCAUGUUCAAGAUGGGGCUGUGCAAGUACAACCGCCCAAGAAGCUCAAGAUUUUCAUUGUGUUUUACUCAAUGUACGGCCACGUGGAGAUUUUGGCGAAGAAAAUGAAGACGGGGGUUGAUUCCGUUGAAGGGAUUGAAGGGUUUCUUUAUAGGGUCCCGGAGACGCUGGCGCCGGAGGUCUUGGGUCAGAUGAGGGUGCCUCAGAAGGACAUUGAGGUGCCCGUCAUAUCUGCGGAUGGGCUUGUGGAAGCUGAUGGAUUGCUCUUCGGAUUUCCAACGAGGUAUGGGAGCAUGGCGGCGCAGAUGAAGGCGUUUUUCGAUUCAACGGGGCGGCUAUGGGAGCAGCAGAGGCUGGUGGGCAUGCCUGCCGGGUUUUUCGUGAGUACCGGCACGCAGGGUGGCGGGCAGGAGACCACGGCUUGGACAGCAAUCACUCAGUUAGCUCACCAUGGGAUGAUCUAUGUUCCUAUCGGGUAUACUUUUGGUGCCGAAAUGUUCAAAAUGGACGCUAUCAGAGGCGGAUCUCCAUAUGGUGCCGGAGUAUUUUCCGGAGAUGGCACUAGGGAACCAAGUGAAACUGAGCUUGCUCUUGCAGAGCAUCAGGGCAGGUACAUGGCUGGUAUGGUCAAGAGGUUUGCCCAAUCUUCUUAACUUAUCCCUGAUCACAGCCUCAACUAGCCUGGCUACAUUCAUGUCCAACUCCAUUUUUUCUGUUCUUGAUUAAUACAGAUUUUGCUCUUUUUGGGAUAUCAUGUGUUAAUAGAUUUUAGAUAGCUGAGGAGCAUUUCAUUUUAUAGCCUGAAUACAUUGUACCCCCCACAUAAUGGUUUUCACUUCAUUGUUUGUUCAAAAUGUUACAUUUGUAUAUGGUGUGAAAAUCUUUUAUACUGAUUGUAUUGAUUAUUAUCAUCAAUAAUACAGUGGUUGUGUUCUUCUCCA